AUGGCUUCGGAGGAGGUGAAUGUAGCGCUUCAGGCACCUGCAAAGGGUCCGGCGAAAGGACCCGGCAAGGGCCCAUCGAAAGGGCCACCAAAAGGAAAAGGAAAGAGCCCAGCAGCAGAGCAGGCUUCUCCAGCCGUAGAAGAGCCCAAAGAAGAAGCAGCGCCAGAACCGAGCGAGGCAAAAGCAGAGGCCGUCGCAGAGGUCAAAGAAAGUGCAGAGGCACCCGUGGUUGCAACAAAAGGACCCGGCAAGGGCCCAUCGAAAGGGCCACCAAAAGGAAAAGGAAAGAGCCCAGCAGCAGAGCAGGCUGCUCCAGCCGUAGAAGAGCCCAAAGAAGAAGCAGCGCCAGAACCAAGCGAGGCAAAAGCAGAGGCCGUCGCAGAGGUCAAAGAAAGUGCCGAGGCACCUGUGGUUGCAGCCAAAGGACCCGGCAAGGGCCCAUCGAAAGGGCCACCAAAAGGAAAAGGAAAGAGCCCAGCAGCAGAGCAGGCUGCUCCAGCCGUAGAAGAGCCCAAAGAAGAAGCAGCGCCAGAACCAAGCGAGGCAAAAACAGAAGCUGUCGCAGAGGUCAAAGAAAGUGCAGAGGCACCUGUGGUUGCAACAAAAGGACCCGGCAAGGGCCCAUCGAAAGGGCCACCAAAAGGAAAAGGAAAGAGCCCAGCAGCAGAGCAGGCUGCUCCAGCCGUAGAAGAGCCCAAAGAAGAAGCAGCGCCAGAACCAAGCGAGGCAAACGCAGAGGCCGUCGCAGAGGUCAAAGAAAGUGCCGAGGCACCUGUGGUUGCAACAAAAGGACCCGGCAAGGGCCCAUCGAAAGGGCCACCAAAAGGAAAAGGAAAGAGCCCAGCAGCAGAGCAGGCUGCUCCAGCCGUAGAAGAGCCCAAAGAAGAAGCAGCGCCAGAACCAAGCGAGGCAAACGCAGAGGCCGUCGCAGAGGUCAAAGAAAGUGCCGAGGCACCUGUGGUUGCAACAAAAGGACCCGGCAAGGGCCCAUCGAAAGGGCCACCAAAAGGAAAAGGAAAGAGCCCAGCAGCAGAGCAGGCUGCUCCAGCCAUAGAAGAGCCCAAAGAAGAAGCAGCGCCAGAACCAAGCGAGGCAAAAGCAGAGGCCGUCGCAGAGGUCAAAGAAAGUGCAGAGGCACCUGUGGUUGCAGCCAAAGGACCCGGCAAGGGCCCAUCGAAAGGGCCACCAAAAGGAAAAGGAAAGAGCCCAGCAGCAGAGCAGGCUGCUCCAGCCAUAGAAGAGCCCAAAGAAGAAGCAGCGCCAGAACCAAGCGAGGCAAAAGCAGAGGCCGUCGCAGAGGUCAAAGAAAGUGCAGAGGCACCUGUGGUUGCAACAAAAGGACCCGGCAAGGGCCCAUCGAAAGGGCCACCAAAAGGAAAAGGAAAGAGCCCAGCAGCAGAGCAGGCUGCUCCAGCCAUAGAAGAGCCCAAAGAAGAAGCAGCGCCAGAACCAAGCGAGGCAAAAGCAGAGGCCGUCGCAGAGGUCAAAGAAAGUGCAGAGGCUGCUCCAGCGGCAGAAGAUGCCAAAGCAGCAGAAGCAGCAGAACCAAAUCCAGAAACGAAAGAAACGGGCGAGGCAAAAGCAGAUGCCGUUGAAGAGGUCAAAGAAACUGCAGAGGCACCUGCGGUUACAGCUAAAGGACCCGGAAAGGGACCCGCAAAAGGGCCAUCAAAAGGCAAAGGAAAGAGCCCAGCAGCAGAGCAGGCUGCUCCAGCGGCAGAAGACGCCAAAGCAGCAGAAGCAGCAGAAGCACCAGAACCAAAUCCAGAAACGAAGGAAACGGGCGAGGCAAAAGCAGAUGCCGUUGAAGAGGUCAAAGAAACUGCAGAGGCACCUGCGGUUACAGCCAAAGGACCCGGAAAGGGACCAGCAAAAGGGCCAUCAAAAGGCAAAGGAAAGAGCCCAGCAGCAGAGCAGGCUGCUCCAGCGGCAGAAGACGCCAAAGCAGCAGAAGCAGCAGAACCAAAUCCAGAAACGAAAGAAACGGGCGAGGCAAAAGCAGAUGCCAUUGAAGAGGUCAAAGAAACUGCAGAGGCACCUGCGGUUACAGCCAAAGGACCCGGAAAGGGACCAGCAAAAGGGCCAUCAAAAGGCAAAGGAAAGAGCCCAGCAGCAGAGCAGGCUGCUCCAGCGGCAGAAGACGCCAAAGCAGCAGAAGCAGCAGAACCAAAUCCAGAAACGAAAGAAACGGGCGAGGCAAAAGCAGAUGCCGUUGAAGAGGUCAAAGAAACUGCAGAGGCACCUGCGGUUACAGCCAAAGGACCCGGAAAGGGACCAGCAAAAGGGCCAUCAAAAGGCAAAGGAAAGAGCCCAGCAGCAGAGCAGGCUGCUCCAGCGGCAGAAGACGCCAAAGCAGCAGAAGCAGCAGAACCAAAUCCAGAAACGAAAGAAACGGGCGAGGCAAAAGCAGAUGCCGUUGAAGAGGUCAAAGAAACUGCAGAGGCACCUGCGGUUGCAGCCAAAGGACCCGGAAAGGGACCAGCAAAAGGGCCAUCAAAAGGCAAAGGAAAGAGCCCAGUAGCAGAGCAGGCUGCUCCAGCAGCAGAAGACGCCAAGGCAGCAGAAGCAGCAGAACCAAAUCCAGAAACGAAAGAAACGGGCGAGGCAAAAGCAGAUGCCGUUGAAGAGGUCAAAGAAACUGCAGAGGCACCUGCGGCUGCAGCCAAAGGACUCGGAAAAGGACCAGCAAAAGGGCCAUCAAAAGGCAAAGGAAAGAGCCCAGCAGCAGAUCAGGCUGCUCCAGCGGCAGAAGACGCCAAAGCAGCAGAAGCACCAGAACCAAAUCCAGAAACGAAAGAAACGGGCGAGGCAAAAGCAGAUGCCGUUGAAGAGGUCAAAGAAACUGCAGAGGCACCUGCGGCUGCAGCCAAAGGACUCGGAAAAGGACCAGCAAAAGGGCCAUCAAAAGGCAAAGGAAAGAGCCCAGUAGCAGAGCAGGCUGCUCCAGCGGCAGAAGACGCCAAAGCAGCAGAAGCGGCAGAAGGAGCAGAACCAAAUCCAGAAACGAAGGAAACGGGCGAGGCAAAAGCAGAUGCCGUUGAAGAGGUCAAAGAAACUGCAGAGGCUGCUCCAGCGGCAGAAGACGCCAAAGCAGCAGAAGGAGCAGAACCAAAUCCAGAAACGAAGGAAACGGGCGAGGCAAAAGCAGAUGCCGUUGAAGAGGUCAAAGAAACUGCAGAGGCUGCUCCAGCGGCAGAAGACGCCAAAGCAGCAGAAACGGCAGAAGCACCAGAGCCAAAUCCACAAACGAAGGAAACGGGCGAGGCAAAAGCAGAUGCCGUUGAAGAGGUCAAAGAAACUGCAGAGGCACCUGCGGUUACAGCUAAAGGACCCGGAAAGGGAUCAGCAAAAGGGCCAUCAAAAGGCAAAGGAAAGAGCCCAGCAGCAGAGCAGGCUGCUCCAGCGGCAGAAGACGCCAAAGCAGCAGAAGCGGCAGAAGGAGCAGAACCAAAUCCAGAAACGAAGGAAACGGGCGAGGCAAAAGCAGAUGCCGUUGAAGAGGUCAAAGAAACUGCAGAGGCACCUGCGGUUACAGCUAAAGGACCCGGAAAGGGAUCAGCAAAAGGGCCAUCAAAAGGCAAAGGAAAGAGCCCAGCAGCAGAGCAGGCUGCUCCGGCGGCAGAAGACGCCAAAGCAGCAGAAGCACCAGAAACAAACCCAGAAACCUCUGUCCAACCUCAGGGCACCAAGGGAGUGAAGUUUGAGGAACCAGUGCACGAGGCGCCAGCGGCAUUGGUCCCCAGCAAACCAGUUGACCUCAAUGUGAGCCACGUGAACGGACAGCUGCUGAAACGUGGUCCAGUCUUCGGAUAUGCGUUCCAAGCGCGUUGGUGCAUCCUCACCAACACGCAGCUCAUCGUGUACAAAGACGAGCGUUUCAGCCAGCGGCAGAGCGCUGAGCGUCUGAGCUACGACGCCAAAGCCGCGCGCUUCAGCUGCCACGAUGCGCCCGGCGAGGCCGUGAAACACAAGUCGGACAAACCUUGCGGCUUCGUCCUGGACUCCAAUCCUAUGGCUGGGAAGGGACGGAAACUCUCCUACUUUGACGCAGAGAAUGAGGAAAAGAUUGCCAUUUGGCUCGAAGCCAUUGCGAAGGUGGUGGCUAGGCGGAAAGAGGCAGUCACCCUGCACGUCUACGACAUGGCUGCCGCAGGGAGCAUUGAAGGCGACACAAAGCCCUUGGGCACUGGCCACUUCCAUGUGGGCAUCGAAAUCAAUGGCUCCGAGUGGAGCUAUGGUUUCAACGAGCUGGGCAGUGGCGUUUUCGAGUGCAAACCGACGCACUGCGAGCCCCACAGCUAUCGAGAUGCCAUUGAACUUGGAUACACUUCCUUGCGAGAAAACGAGAUCUCCGAGAAGAUCUCGAAGUUGAAGGACGAGUGGCCAGGGCUUCCUCCCUGGAUUUUACGCUUGGCUUCGGCCGAGGGUCAAGGUGCCAAUGGUGCCAACGACAAGGCACGGAAAUCUGCAAUCAUCAUGGCCGCGCAGGUCAGAGGCACGCCCCAUCGAAAAACAGUGAACCAGUCGAACUGCCAGGUCCCAGGUCUGAUCCCUGAGGUGACUCGACGCUUAGCCUGGCUACGGCACCUGGAACUGCUUGCGGCCAUGCUGGGUGCAGGGAUGUGGAUGGUUGGACUUUGGUCCUCCGAACCGAGGCAUGGACCCGUGCGAAGUUGGAGAGAGCUGCAGCUCUUCCUUGCCGAUGGCCGCAACUCUCUGCUGUUGCUGGGCUUUGCCUCGGUCCUGUUGUACCACCUGAUGUCCUUCUCAUUGGCUCAGCUUCACGUGGCACAGGUUCGGGCGGAUGGCUUACACCGUGCCGCCGCGCGGGGGGACGCCGAGGCCUUAUCUCGAAUCUUGCGGGACCUGGAACGGAGCGAGGCCUCCACUUGCCCUAGAUCCACUGCUCGAAGUUUGCUGGUUGCCGCCAAUGGGAUCAACGCGCCCAACGCGGACGGCUGGACGGCAUUGCACCUGGCCGCCGCCACGCCGCAUGCGGAACGCGGCCUUCGGGUUCUUCUGAGAGCACAAGCAGAGGUGUCGCCGGCCCAUCCUGUCAGUGGCAUGACACCUCUGAUGCUCAGUGCUGAAGCCGGCAUGGAUAAAGCCCUGCGGAUGUUGUUGUCGAGCGGUGCAUCUCAGGCUCUACAGCAGAGCAACCACGAAGGCAACAGCGCCCUACACCUGGCCGUGCGAGAGGGACAUUCCGAAUGUAUCCACCGCUUGCUGCGUGCACGCGCAGAUCCAUCGGCGACGAAUGCCCAAGGCUUCACGGCGUUCGACUUCACAAGGAGCCAAAAGUUUACGGAGGCGGGGAUGCAGCAGGUCGUCAAGGAGGCAAGAUCUGAGUUGAGGACGUCCCUGGGCGAGGAUUCCCUUCCUGGAUCCCAUGAUCCAUUCCAGUUUCAAGGGGCUGAACCGUCCUCAAGAGGUCCGCUUCUGACGACGCCUCCGCGGGAAGUCACGCCCCAAGCCACGCCGCGGCCUUCGGCGUCGUCCCCGACAGUGACGGUGCGCAGCGUGCGCAGCGGUGUCAGCGGCGUGUUGGACGUGCCUGUGCUCCCGGCUCCGGAAAGUGCUUUGGACGAGCUGUUGGCCGAGGCCUCCCGUGGUGGCGCCUUGCGGUUCUCUCACGUGUCGCAUCCGGCAGCAAGCGUACUCACCGAGGGGACCAGCAGAUCCAGUCCGUCUCGCAGUCCACUGGCUCGACAAGCUGCGCCGCAACCAGGUGCCCGAUCGGUGAAGAUCACAGGUCUGGCUUCCUUGGUGGCGGUGGCAUCUCCUGGGGCCCUACGCCGUCUGGCAGCGGGCGCGGCUCGCCGGCCAGGGCGGAGUGUCAUGGGCUCUGCGGUGUCAUCGGAUUCGGAGAAGGACUACAAGCUGAGCUCCUUCCGCAUCGUGGGGCUCAUCGGCGAAGGCAGCUUUGGGAGUGUAUACGAGGCCUGUGACCUAAGACCAGGUGCUGGGGAGCGUCGAUGUGCCCUGAAGAUUUUGCACCGACGUCAAUACUUGGCGCAGG